UAUGGUCGACUUCUUUGAGGGAGAGCAAUCCCAAGUAUACCCACUGAACCUUUUAAUUGUGGACCAUGUAGCUGGAGAGUCACAAAAGGUCUACCUAAACACCUCCCAGCCAUGGACUUUAUUCUAGAGCUGUUAGAGGUCCCAGUGGACACCAACUUUACCUACACAUUUAUUUUGGAAGAAUGUCCGAAGAUUUUUCCUCAUCAGGAGUUUCGUCUUUUCUUACUCGUCCCAGCAGUUAUAUCAACCUUGAUCUUGGCAUUUUCCACACAACGAACCAAACAAAAGUUACAAAUGUUAAAUGGACGACCUGGACUCAUAUUCCCAAUGGAUGUUUUAAAAAGAUCCCAUCGAUUUUCCUACGCGGCUGCAUUUGGUACACUAGCCCGUCUUUGUGCUGGCAUUGUGUUCGAUGCACAAUAUGCUUUUGAUUACAACGGACCAACAUACUUAAAAGUGUUAUUAGCCCUGGUCUCCAUGUUGAUAUACGGCUUGGGUUACUUCCCCUUGUUUGCGGGAAUAACCACUGAAGCCCCCGUUGGAUACUUUAUAGCCACCCUGUUUUCCUGGGUUUUCACGGCAGAAUUUAUUGGCAAUUAUUUCUGUAAACAACCAAUGGGGGUAAUCUCUUACGUGGUGCUUGUUAUUGGAAUGCUUCCAGAAACAUUAUGUUUUCUCUAUCUAAGCAUUAGUCUCCCCGUCAGAUUUGUUGCCUCUAUUGCAAAGCCCAAAAAGAAAUUCAAAUUAGCGGUGGAUUUUGAGAGCAGCAAAGAUCUUUAUGAAUCCAUUCGAAAUUCUUAUCAAGGGAUUCACGUCAAAAAGUUGUUUAAAAGACCACCACCCCCUCCCUUACCUCCAAAGGGAAUAAUGCAAAAGCUUCAAUCUUCUUUAAAAUCUUUGCUGGAAAAGAUUUUUUACAAGCGUACAAAAGGUUUCCGGUAUUCAGCCAGGAUGAUAAGUGUAAUGGCCAUUGGAUUUAUUUUGCUGUAUGAGGUUACGUUUUUGCUGUUCGUUCAGUUAUUUGAGUUAUUUGACUUUGCGGAAAUUGGCAUGGAACACAUUCUUAAUAGUAUUGGAAGAAUCGAAGAGAUAGGAGAAGAUCCUGCUGUCACAAGCCUUAGAGAGAUCCUAAUCGUGUUAUAUGACCUCGUAAUAGCAUUUAGAGGUUGUUUCCUGACUUCUCUGAUGGUAGCAUUUACCAUUAACGUUGUUUUUCUGCUUCACUAUAUGACGUCAUACAGGAGCAAUUUGCUUUCAUUGUACAAAGGUAAAAACAACCAUCUCACACCGAAAAACAAAAAGUCCAACGCCAGCCUGAUUGUUGGAAGCAUGAGAUACGCUGGAUAUCAGGUUGGAUACAUUGGAUGGGGCUUCUUCAUCCAGUUUUUCAUGCUGAUAAUUGUUACCGUUGCCAUAGCACUGAUAGUGAUAUUAUGGGAUUUUCUGAAAUAUUUCAUUUUAGAUCAAGCUAUGAGGUUAUGGCCUGUUUUGUUAACGUCUUUGGUGUUAAACAUCACCCAGCUGAUACUGUCGAAGUUUCUUUUCCUACAGAAACGUGGCGAGAUAUUAGCUAUGGAUAAUAGGCGCCUCCUCUUCAUCUUCACAUACUUUAUGUUUUUCUACAACAUCUUCAUUGGAAUUUUUUCUUGUUUAAUGCGAAUUUUAAAAUCCAUUAUCUUGGGAGCUUUAUUCCUUCCUCGACUGGACCACAGCACCCUUCCUAGAAAAUUCCAAAAGAUGGACCCUGGUUUUGAUGCAUAUUGUGGAUUCAUGCAUAUAGAAAGUACUCAUACCAACCCCGUUGCGAUGGUUUUCAUCAGUAUUUUACAAGCGGAAUCACUUACUUCAUUGAAGAAGAACAGUAAAAAACAUUCAAAUAUCAAUCUCCAGGAUGAAAAACAAGAAAUGUUGGACCGGAAGAGAAGGAAAGCAAAAUGGAAGUGGCUACUCGCGUACACUCUCGUGAAUAACCCAGAAAUCUCCUUACAACGAAGACUGGUCUUGGCAGAGGAACGAAACGAGAAUAUAAAGGAAAUUUUCUUCUCCAGAUCCUCAUUGUGCACAGAAGAAGAAUCAAAGAAAAUUGAAUUGGACCAAAUUAUUAUACAGGAUAAGAAAAUAUAGCCAAUAUACUGCAUUUAGCAAAUUGAUGUCGCCGAAAUGCUCGAGCAAGAGGUUCUUAGAAAAAUGUUUAAGAAUAAUGCAUGUAACGUACAUACAUGUAACAUACGGUGAUAAAGAGAUCUGGCUUUAUGUUUAUUCUGUCUUCAAUCAAUGCAUUAUCCGGGUCGAACAAUACGGGUGGAAAUUUUUAAUGAUAGAAACUUUCACUUGCUUUUGUGCAAUGAUCCAAAAAAGCUAAACAAAAGAAACAAAGCAUAAACUUUUGUCAUGGUUUUAAAUUCAUUACUUGUUUUAUACAUGGUGUAACUUAAUUGUCACAGGCUUAAAAAUGAAACACUAUAUGAUCUACAAUGUUUCACCAUUGGAACAGUUUCUAUCUUUUUUUUUUCAUUUAAGUCGAUUUGUCUGAAUUUUUCCUAUGUUAAUGCUAUUUUAAGUGGAGCACAUGGCUCAGUGGUCAUGGGCGUUAUGCCAGUAACCAAAAGGUCGCUGGUUCAAACCUCGCUGUGGUCACUUGAAGUUGUGUGUUGUGCACC